ACAUCAGAGGACGCUCGAGCACGUGCGCGCUUCAUCAUCGCGCUCUGAAAUAUUAGCGCGCGCGCCCUUUCCAAACAAACUCAAAUUCAGAACCAUCCGAACACAGACGACGAAACGUUUGCUCGUUGCCUGUAAAAACUGCAGUGUUGUUGAGCUCUCGCUCAGAAUGUGAUGAAUGUUGAGGAUAGGAGAGUUUAGAGUUUAGAUUCAGAGAUCGCAGGAGAAUUAUUCUCAUAAAAAAAAUCUGACAGCACUGGUUAAGUACAAAAACCUGGAUGGAAAACUUCUAUUUGGAAAAAAGUGCUUCAAGGAUGAACUGUUCCACACGUCUGCUCGCUGAGUAACGUUACAUGUUGGAAGGUUUUCCAUCUCCUAAAACUUUUAAAAGGUUUAUUUAUUAACCAGUAACCGAAGAUGUAGGUGCAUCUCUCGAGAUAAAUAACUGAUCCGACAAGAAUCUUAAUGUGGUGGAUUCCUUUUCCAUCUUUCUCACUGGAAGGUGCUCGUAGACGCCAUCUGCUGUGGAAAAACAGAGCGUGAGGAAAAUGGAUGACGAGUUUGAACCUGGAAUGAAUGAUGUUAUAGUUAGUUAUUAUAACCACUCGGGCAAGUGGGGAAGACCAAAAAGCACCGGUACAUGCAAGACAGCCUUCCUCAUGUUUAUCUGCGCUCUGAUCGUGUUGGAGAACAUCACUGUACUACUGGCACUAUGGCGCAACAAGCGUUUCCACAGCCGCAUGUACUUUCUCAUUGGCAAUCUGGCACUUUCGGACUUGUUAGCUGGAGUGGCGUACAUGGUUAACAUCUUCACCUCUGGCCGCAAUACGUUUUUCCUCAGUCCUGGCCAGUGGCUGCUGCGAGAGGGGAGCAUGUUUGUGGCGCUUAGCGCUUCCACCUUCAGCUUGCUCGCUAUUGGGAUCGAGCGCCACAUGACGAUGGUUCGUUUACGGCCGUGUGAGACCGCAGGAAGGGGGAGGUUGCUAGCUCUCCUGGGAGCCUGCUGGGCUGUGUCGGUCCUGCUGAGUGUCUUGCCCAGUCUCGGCUGGAACUGUUUGGGCCGAGUCCACACCUGCUCCACUGUCCUACCACUGUACGACAAGAGUUACAUAGCCUUCUGCAUUAGCAUCUUCACAGCCCUACUAGCAGCAAUCGUUGUGCUAUACGUGCGCAUCUACCUGCUUGUGACGUCCAGCGGGCGUAGAGUGAGUUCCCGGCCGUCGGAUCGCUCACUCGCACUUUUGCGCACGGUAGUAAUCGUACUAGGGAUUUUUGUGGCCUGUUGGGCUCCCCUUUUUCUGCUGCUGCUGCUGGAUGUGGGAUGCAGUCCGGAGCGAUGCCCGGUUCUCCUCAAAGUGGACUGGUUCAUCGCUCUGGCCGUGCUCAACUCUGCCCUCAACCCGCUCAUCUACACGCUCUCCAGCCGUGAGAUGCGGGCCGCCUUCUUCCGUGUGCUGUGCUGCUGUUGCUGUCCAACGCAGCUGGACUCCAUGCCCACGGUGACAGGGGCGGCACUCCCGGGAAUAAUCAUUCCCACUGCAGAGAACAGCAAAUCGAGCAUGGCCGGGGCGGGAAGUGGUGGAGCCAAGUUCUCCCUGAUGCGAAGUAAAGUUCCCACCCCGUCAAACUCCCACCGUCAGCAUGGGGACACGUCACCGCCAGCUGUCACACACCCCUCAGGGCCAGGUGACCUACUGUCUGUGGUGCUGGUUAAAGCUGGGGCGCUUCCUUCUUUGGGGAAGUUUUGAAAUUGAUACUACGGAGGUAAGCAAAAAAGAGCGGGAUCUUGUUAUUUCCCCAAGAUGUUUGGUGACAGUUCCUUGGAGUUAUAGACUGUUCUACCGCUCUCUGAGGAUUACAAAACCCGGAUUCGCUUUAAUACAAAAGGCAUCCACUGAUGAUGAGAUUUCAAAGGGACAACAAACUCAAAGUGCGACUGAACAAAUGCUGACCACGGGACACACAAACUGAAUUUACUUCUACAUGUAUUAAUAUUUAUGAAACUGAACAUGUGCUUUGAGCACAUAAAAUAGAGCCACUACAGAAUGUAAUCACUCGAAAAGCUUAGGUGUGCAAUCUUUUUAUCAAGAAAAUCCAAUUUUCACUUUGCGUGUAGGAAAACACCUUAACAGUAUUAUAUGCAUUAUUAUAGUUCUCUGUAUGACUGACCUUUUAACAUUUCCCCACAGUUUAUUAUUAGACAAAAACAUUUUGAAUAGUUUGCUAUUCUUACCUAUCACACAAGCUAGAUAAUACUUCAUAUACACAUAAAUUAUGAGAAAGUGUUUAAAGGAGACAGUGGAUGGUUAUGGUUGAUAUUCUGUGGAACGGUUUACAUGGCAGAAUUAAGAUGAGGUGGUUGCAUUGUGAAUGUGAAAUUAAGAUUGUUUUGCUCAAUAGUACUUACUAACUGACAUAAUACUAACUAACUUUAAAGAGUGAUAUGUUAGUGUGAAGAAAAACAGGCAUCUUAUGUUAAGAUUGCCUUAUCUGUGCUGCUUUUAUUUGCAUGUACACACUAGAGGGAGCUGUCACAUCACAUUGAAAUGGACUGCAUAAACAGCGCAAUAAUGAAAGCAAUGCACAGAUCUUUUGUCUAUGAUUGGGGACCGAGCUCUAGAAUUUAGUCACUUGAUACAUGCAUCAUAGUAGCCUCAUAAUAAACGGUUUUGCCUGUGAAAAAUCAUGAUCAAUGGCACCAAUCUUUGAGUCAUACAGUGGUAAAUACAAACCACAGCUGUGCAUACAUGUGC